AUGUAUGAAAAAAUUAUUAUUUUAUCUUGCGAAUGCAAACUAUGACGCAAGUGGCUUCAAAUUAAUAAAAUGUCGAACCCUAAAAUUCAGCAAGCUAUAAACUUCGUGAAUAAAAUGACUCGUAAGUUCUAGACAGCCGACACAUCUAUUGAAAAAAAACUUGAAUUUUUGAAGAAGAAAUUGUCUGCAUCUGAACUAGAAGAAGUGAAAAAAAUUAUCAUGAAAGACGAUAUUUCUAAAUACUUUGAGCCAGCCUCUAUAAAAGAACAAAAAGAAGCAGGAAAAUCUAAUAUAAAAUAUUUUAUAUUAACUGCUUCAUCAAUUAUUUCUGGGAUAUUUGCCGCUGUUGUUACUACCAAUUACAAAGAUAUCAUUAAGCGUAAUAAAGAUCCUGAACUAGAAGAAGAUAAGGAAGAAGAUUUUAUGGUCGAAAUAGACAUUGAUAAAAGGAAUUAUAUAGAGAAGCUUAUAAAAUCACAAAAUGAAGGGUUCAAAAAACUAUCAGGACAGUUAAAUGAUAUUAAUAUGUCAUUAAAUUCAAUGAAUGUGAGAAAAAAUAGCUUAAAACCAGGGCUUGAUUUGGAUUAA